AUGCCUAAAACAGCGAUCUGCCCUAAAGGCAUUAUGAACAAAACUGGUCUACCACUUGACCGCAUUCAUCCUGUGGCUGUAGUGGUCGGUGACACUAAAUGGUUGGAUCUUUUAGCUUCAUUGGCUACACGACAGCACUUUUGUAGCCGUUACAAAUCGCUUUGUUCUGUGGAGUUGGAGUAUGCUGGUCAGACAUUUUUUGCUUUGAGUUUUGGUUACGGUGCUACGAAUUUGCAUCGCUUAUUAAAUGAAUUAGGCAUUUUCGGUGUCAGAUGCGUGAUAUUGAUAACCAACACUGUCAGCUUGCACCCUGGUCGUAUCCCGCGCAAGAUGGUUUGUGUGACAUAUGCUUCUUGUCGUGGCGAGAAUACUUCAAAUUUGGAGGUGGACAUAACGUAUCCUGCAGUAGCACAUCCGGAUGCUAUACGUGCGUUACGUGAAGCGUCAUCUGAAAUGGGUGUUCCAUGCCGUUUGACCCGUUCGUUUACCCAUGAUGCAACUUAUCCACCUCUAAUUAACCGUGUCGAUACACUUCGACAACAGGUUAUGCAGACCGGUUUGGAUUUGGAAGACCGUGAAAUUUCAACAUUUUUGGUCUUUUGUGGUACGCGUGGUUUGGUUGCUGGAGUUAUUUCAUGCAAUGGCACUGAACCCAGUACAUUUGACCCGGAAACUGGCGCACCAAUUGAGGAUGAUGAUGUGAUUGAGGCUAGGAAGCAGACAAUGCGCAUCGCUUUAUUGGCUGCAUCCAGGUUAUGUGUUGACUAUGAUUUCACUGAGGGUAGUUAG